GACAAAAAUAGGGGUUUGUGGACAGAAAAAAAAGGGGGCUGGAAUGUGCCCAGAUGUCGGGGGAAGGAGGUGGCAGGGGGAGGAGCCAGCCAGGGGUAUGGAAAAGGGGGAUGUGCGCAGUGGUCCGCUGGCUCACGCCAUCGCCCCAAAAGCGGAGCGGGUCCACUCCAUCCCAGCCCCUUGGCAGGGGGAUGCUGUGUCCCUGCCCCGGGCCAGCCCAGCCACCUGUCCCCGCGGCUUUCCGCCUUCCACAAUGCGGGAUUUGCCCUUGGUCCCCCCAAAACGCCCCUCUUUGGGUGCGCGGGCAGGCGGGGAUACCCCGCCUGAUCCCCAAAGCCCGGGGGGCUCCCGGUGCGGGGUCCCGCUCGGUUGAGUUCGGUGUGACCAGCGCGGCCUCAUCGCAGAACACGGCCCGUGGCAACACGAGGGCUGAACGUGUAUCCAAGCCCACCUGUGCACCCAAAUCUGCCGGAUUUCCCCCCAUCGGGAGGCACGUCCCAGCACCGCGGGCUCGCGUGGCUCCCUGAGCCCUUAACCCGGGGCCGUGACUGAAAUAAUCCCAUCUCCCGUGUCCCUGCGCAUCUGCUCCCUGGCACCGGCGGCAGGGACAUCAUCUCCCGGGGGACGGCGGCUCCGGACGCGCCUUUGGGCUGUGCGUGCGGGGAUCGGCCAUAAUCCGACCCUCCGCGGAACCCUCCUCGUCUGCUUCCCACCUCCUGGAAAGAUAUCUGUCUGCCGAGGUGCUUUUGCAUCACCCUGGAAGUCCCCUCGCUCCCAGUUCCGCCGUAGCUGAGCUGUUGGGAUAAUGGAGCUCAGGGCUGUGGUCACCACGCUGGAAAGCGGGGAGCAGGACACGGUUCUCAAGGUGCUCCAGGUCUACAACCAGGAGAAGUCUCAGUGCUUCACCUUCGAGGAUGAGGAGCGGGAGGAGAGGAAGAAAAUGGCCCAGCUGCUGAUCAAGUUCCUGGAGAGGGAGCUGCAGCCGUCCUGCCAGGUCACCUGCCUGGAGAGCAUCCGCAUCCUGUCCCGGGACAAGCACUGCCUCGGCCCUUUCACCACCGAGGAAGGCCUGAAGACCCUCUCCAGGCACGCCGGCAUCGACUACUCGGAGGAGCUCAUCCGGGAGGUCCCGGACUUGGACGUGAUCCUGGAAUCCCUGAAAUGCCUGUGCAACAUCGUGUUCAGCAGCCCGCGGGCGCAGGAGCUGACGGCCGAGGCCCGGCUGGUGGUGGGGCUGGCGCGGCGCAUCAAGCUCUACAACGAGCGGAGCCUCCCUCACGACGUCAAGUUCUUCGACCUGCGCCUGCUGUUCCUGCUGACGGCCCUGAGGGUGGACAUCCGGCAGCAGCUGGCCCAGGAGCUGCGGGGGGUCAGCCUGAUGGCAGACACCCUGGAGCUGACGCUCGGCGUGAAGUGGUUGGACCCCUACGAAGUCGCCGCCGAGGAGGGGCUUCUCCCGCCUUUGCCUCGGCAGGAGACGGAGCGAGCCAUGGAGAUCCUCAAAGUGCUCUUCAACAUCACCUUUGAUUCCAGCAAGAGGGAAGUGGACGAGGAAGAUGCUGCUCUGUACCGGCACUUGGGUGCCCUCCUGCGCCACUGCCUCAUGAUCUCGGCCGACGGCGAGGACCGGACCGAGGAGUUCCACAGCCACACAGUCAACCUGCUGGGCAACCUGCCCCUCAAGUGUCUGGAUGUGCUCCUGACCCCCAAAGUGCGACCGGGCUCGCUGGAGUACAUGGGUGUCAACAUGGAUGCAGUCAGCAUCCUCCUGGAUUUCCUGGAGCGCCGCCUGGACAGGGGCCACAAGCUGAAGGAGAGCUUGACCCCUGUGCUGAACCUGCUGACGGAGAGUGCCCGUGUCCACCGCCAGACCAGGAAGUUCCUGAAGGCCAGGGUGCUGCCGCCGCUGCGGGACGUGCGGAACCGGCCGGAGGUGGGGAAUUCCCUGCGGAACAAGCUGGUGAGGCUCAUGACCCACAUCGACACCGACGUCAAGCACUGCGCCGCCGAGUUCCUCUUCGUACUCUGCAAGGAGAGCGUGUCCCGGUUUGUGAAGUACACGGGGUACGGGAACGCUGCGGGGCUGCUGGCGGCGCGGGGCCUCAUGGCCGGUGGCCGGGAAGAGGGGGAGUACUCGGAGGAUGAAGACACGGACACGGAGGAGUACAAAGAGGCAAAGCCCAACAUCAACCCCGUGACGGGCCGUGUGGAGGAGAAGCUUCCCAACCCCAUGGAAGGGAUGACAGAGGAGCAGAAGGAGCACGAAGCCAUGAAGUUGGUCAAUAUGUUCGACAAGUUGUCCAGGGAGAAGGUGAUCCAGCCCAUGGGCAUCACUCCGAGCGGAAACCUGGCGCCCAUGGACAACGCCAUCCGCAGCAUGGCCGACGAGCGCUCGUCGUCCGACUCGGACCUGGGGCUGGACUGACCCGGCUCCCGCCCCAGCCACGGAGAGCUGGGCUCCAGCCACUCUCCCUCGGGAACUGGUGCUGCACCCAGAGGCUGGCACUGGGCCAGGACUCUCCCUGCAGGAUCCGUAUCCAGCCUGGAUCCCUCACAGCCCACCACACGGACCACCUGCCUCCUUCCCAGCUCCAUAGCCACCUCUCCUUCCAGAGGUCUCCGUGGCCUGGCUCCACCUUGAUCUCUCCUGUCGGCAGCCUUCAGGAUUUCACACUCCAAAUCGCUUCCGGGACUUUCCAGUAGGAUUUUUUCAUUUAAAUGCGUGCUGUUUGGGAAGAAGGGUCAGGGAGAGGCUCUUGCUGCCGCUCCACCAGGGUCCGUCGAUCCACGGAGCCUCCUGCGUGUGCCCGGCCCCACAGUGGGGGGCUGCUCCCUGGGAAUGCUGUGGGAACGGGGGGGUUUACUGGAGAGGGGUGU